CGGUUUUGGUGGAAAAACUUGAUAUUCCGGUUUUGGUGGGAAAACUCAAUUUCUCCGAUGGAACUCAGUUUCAAUCACCAAAAUUGCCAAAGGAGUCGCAGAAACUCUCUUUCAUGAUGAAAUGAAAUUUUCCAAUUUUCUCCCAAAUUUUGGAAACCCUAUAAUUUUUUUUUAAUUGGGCCGCUCCAUGUUCAUAUUAACCAAAUCCACAAACACCCAUAGAUUAAUUGGUUUCCCAAUUUUGACCAUUUAAAACCCAUCUGGAAAUAUGGUUAUAACUAAUGGAAGCCCAAAUAUAUUUGAACAUGGAAGCCCAUUGGAGAGCCCAACCAUUUUGCAGCUCUAGAUCUAAUUCUACUAAUUGCAAUGGAAACAGUUGUAGAUUCUCUAAUUCUACUAUUGUGAUGAUCUAGUUGAUUGCGAAAAUGAUGCUGCUGAUUGUUUAACUUAUCAUUCUGUAGAUUCUCUAAUUGUACUUAUCAUUCUUGAAAAUGAUUAUGAUCAGGUUCUGAAAAAUUCAGGACGACGAUGGUCAAAAAGAAAAGCAAGAAGGAGAAGGGAGGUUCUUCGUUGAAAAACAGCGACGCUGCUGCAGCUGUUUCGUUGAAAAACAGUGAUGCUGCAGCUGCUUCUUUGAAAAACAGUGAUGCUGCAGCUGCUGCGUCUACUUCGAUGAGGUUUGAGAGCGAUGAAGAGAAAGCUAGACUUCUUUUCAGUGAGCGUCUUAUAUCGAUGAUCAAGGGUGAUGAAAUUAGUCUCCGUUUUAAAAACUACAUAAGUAAAUUCUAUACCAAAGAAGAGAUGCAACAGGCAGAGAAUGAUCUCAUCGACAAGAGUGAUCGUAUGGACAAGAACGAAACAAAGUAUAUCUACCAACGCCUCACCAAAGCGGUAAACAAUACUAUUCGCUUAAACGGUUAUGAAAGAUUUGCUAAGAAGUGUGCCGAAGAGAGAGAUCUUGAAGAAGCUCACAAGAAAAGAUUUGGUGCGGCUGAGAUUGAGCUUUGGACAGGUGAACCUCAAACUAACAAGAAGAAGAAGAAGCCGAAGAAGAAAGAUACUCCUGUCGUAAGCUAUUCCUCGCGUGGUGACCUUUGUACUGAGAAAGAACAAAGUACGAGUCUUAACCUCUCCUCCAAGUACCGGCAGCAACGCUACAAACUCUUCUCUUUAUACGACAAAGGUAUCCAAUGGACGAAGAAGGAUAGUACUCAGUGACGCCCGAGGAAAUUGCAGUCAAACAAGCAGAGAGAUGCCGCGGGAAAAUGGUGAUCGAUUGCUUCUCAGGUGUUGGUGGUAACACCAUCCAGUUUACUAAAGUAUGUUCAUCUGUGAUUGCUAUAGACAUCGAUCCUCUGAAGAUCAAAAUGGCUGUGAACAACGCAACGGUAUAUGGAGUAGUUGAUCGUGUAGACUAUGUCGUUGGGGAUUUCAUUAACUUGGCUCUCAAAGCAGAUAUAUUGUUUCUUUCCCCACCAUGGGGAGGACCCAUGUACAACAAGGUUGGGAGGUACUCAUUGUUUCGUAUUGCUCGAUCCAUCACCCCAAACAUCAUCAUGUUUCUACCCAGAAAUAUUGAUUUAGAACAAUUGGAAGAACUAGCUAGGCUCUCCUCGCCUCCUCUAACUCUUGAGAUAGAAGAAAACUAUGUUCAAGGAAAAAUCAAAGCCAUAAAGGCUUAUUUCAGUUGCAGUGCUAAGAAGAAUUUAACAUUUCAUUUGUCUGAAUCUCCUACAGAACUGGAGAGUGAUUUGCGACAAGUCUUGAAGAUUGUACAAAACUCUGAGACGACAAUAAAAAAACUUGUCUUAGACCUUGAAGCAUCUUUUGACAGAAAAAUGGACAAGCUCACUAAGGAGAUCAAGGAGAUCAAAACCUUAAUAUCAAGGUUCAACACAAGAUGGUAAAAAUACCUCUUUUCACCCUCUCAGAUUGUCUAUUGAUCAUGUUCCAUUAUCCACGGAUACAUAUAAGGGUUGUUUUGAGUUUCUUUUUCUUUUGUCGGUAUUAAUUCAUUUUUUUUUGAGUGAAUUAGUCUAAAAACCAAAAAGAAUGUGGAAAGUGGAGCGCGUGGUGUGUAAGUGAGUGUCAAAAUGACGAUUGUAACCCUAUGUUUACAUGGAGAUAUAAAAGAAUAUUUUUACAGA